UUUCAGAUAUUUAUUUUUUGAUAUUUAAUGUUUGAGUGUAAUAAAACUGAUUCUAACUAAACGCUUGAAAGAAAACAUGAAAAAGGGCUUGUACGUAGUGUUGACGUUUGUACUACUUUGUGCAACAGGAGCGCAUCCAGCACCCACACAAUCCAAGGGAGUGGAUUUCCUGGCUCGGUUUGGAUACAUAGAUUACAAUCCUCGUCUUGGUAAUAUCAUGUCGCAACACGAUCUUUCAGCUGCCGUAAUGAAUUUUCAAAGAUUUGCUGGUUUAGAACAAACUGGGCAGCUCGAUCACAUCACCCUUGAAAAAAUGGAUUCGCCGAGAUGCGGAAACCGGGACGUAGUUGGUAGCGACGCCGCUGCGAGAAAGAAGAGGUAUGCACUUCAGGGAAGCAAAUGGCAGAAGAAGCACUUGACGUACAAAAUUGCGUCUCAUACAACUGAUAUUAGUCGCCGUGACACAGAAAAUGCGAUUAAUAAAGCUUUUAAGGUAUGGGAAGCAGAAUCGGGGUUGACUUUCAGACAAGUGAGAUCAUCGAAAGCUGACAUCGAAAUAAAAUUCGCAGAAAAAGCUCACGGUGAUGGCGACCCAUUCGACGGGCCAAGUAAAACACUAGCCCACGCAUUUUUCCCCCAAUUUGGAGGAGACGCGCAUUUUGACGAAGCUGAAAAGUGGGCUGUCAGUGCUGAUAAAGGAGUUAGUCUAUUCAUUGUUGCUGCUCACGAAUUUGGACAUAGCCUCGGUCUUUCUCAUAGCGAUGUGAAUCAAGCACUGAUGGCCCCAUUUUACAAUCCAAAUUACGACGGUCUCCAUGAUGACGAUAUUCGAGCAAUCAGAAUUUUAUACGGCUCACCCAGCGACAAGCACAGACCACAAUCUUCAACUACACCACCCAGAACAACAAGAAAGCCUCGACCAGGAAUAACAAGACAAACUACAACAACGAAAACACCCCCCGUUGGCGCUUGUAACGGAAGAUUUGAUGCCAUAACUAUGGUAAGAAACGGCACAACAUAUGCUUUCAAAGGUGAUAAAUUUUGGAAACUCAACGACCAGGGAAUGGAACCAGGAUAUCCAAAGUCAACUAAGAAAAUCUGGGGCUUGUCAGGAAAAGUUGAUGCCAGUUUAUCAUUCGGAGCUUACACUGAUUUAUUUCAGGGCGAUGUUAUUCAUCGGUAUAUCAAUGGAAUCCCAAUGCAUGGAUACCCCAAGCGAAUUUCAGAGGUUUACAAAGGAAUACCGUCAAAAUUGGACACUGCUUUUGUGUGGAGCGGCAACGGAAAAGUAUAUUUCGUUAAAGGUGAUAAAUACUGGCGAUACAACCCAUCUCUUCGUAAGUCUGACAACGGGUAUCCCCGACCUCUCUCAGUUUGGAAAGGUUUGCCAGAGCGACUGGAUGCUGCUUUGAAAUGGAAGGACAGGACGUACUUUUUCAAAAAUGGAUACUAUUGGAGAUUCGAUGAUGAACGUGUUGAAGUAGCACAAUCAUUGAAGACACCAUAUCCCCGUCGAUCAGACGCUUGGUGGCUAGGUUGUACAGACAAUACGUUAAAAUCUUCACCGGAAGAAACCGGUAUUGGAGACAAAAAUGAAGAUGUAAAUGAUGGUGAUGGCAACGGUGCUUCGUCCCGCUUCAAUACUGUACCACGUGCUAUGUUGUCAACUCUGUUGAUGUUUAUCGUAUCGAUGCUACUUUGUUGAUGAUCUCAAGCGUUAGCUAGCUUCUUACACUAACAUGUGAAAAACUCACCCAGAAAUUGAGUCGAGGACAAGAUCUCGAUACAAACGGAAAACAACUAGGAUGUAAUCGAACCUGCAAGUGAUGAGUACAAAACUGGAUAGAAAAUUAUC